AUGGCGUCCGCGUCACGUGACAGACGCUUGGAAACCCGGAACAAACCAAAGCGAAGCGAGCCUCCAAAUGAGGACUGCGGCAUCGGGAGGGUGGAGCAUCUCACUCCCGGCAAGUUUUACAUUACUGGUCGACUGGAGACGACCCCUAACGUGGGCUACCAGGCCGACUCUGCUGCAACAGUCCAACCUCCAGGAGGCCCGGAGAGGGUCAGGGGUCAGCCGCCGCGCGGUGGCUCGGAGGAGAGCUGGCAGCGGCUGCAGCCUGUGGUGCAGUGUGGAGACGACGCCAUGACCCUCACGGUCCGGAGGAGACGAGCUGUGCAGCUACAGCUGGCCCGAGUGAACGAGUCCUCCGUGCCGCUGUCCCAGCUCCCCCCUCAGUGUGGCUACUCGGUGCAGACUACAUGGAGAGACCUCAGUCUGAGCGCUCGCUACGACGCCUGCUACGUCACCCGGGAGGAUGGCGGCUAUGCGUUGCAUCUGCUGUGGAGGGGGACUCCGGUCCAGGUCUCCUGCCCUGACCCUCUGAGCCAGCCUCGGGCCGCCGGCACUCCCUCCCUCUGCUGCUCCCCGCACGGCAUGACCGUCAGAAUACAGGGACCCCUGGAGCAGCUGAGCGUCAAUGUCCGAGGAGAAUGGACUCCUCUGGUGGAGUUGGCCGAGCAGUGCGGCUACAGGCUGGAAAGACAGGAUGCGGUCGUCAUAAUGGCCGCUCCAUUCAUCACGUGUGGCGUCGCAGUGAAGAAUGGAAAGUACACCCUUUCUCUUCAGAUGGGCAACAAGACGUUCUCACUGUCCUGUCCCAUCUCGCCCCACGAAGGACUCUCAUUGGUCCGUCAGCCCGUGUUCAACGCCCCUCAUCUCUCCAGAGGGCCAUCGGAGCUCAUGCUAGAAUCCCUGGACCAAUUCCCGUGGGCUCCACCUUUCUUCCUGGCCCCCCCUCAUUACCCCCACCCUACAUAUCUCCAGUAUCCUAGUCCCGACAAACACGCUGCAGUCGUCCCUCCCACCCCGGCGUCUUCGCCUCCCAGCCCGACGGUUGCUCCUCAUCCUCUCCCUCCUGUUGCCUCCCAGCCGAACCGUCGCGGCUACGACUCCUACCCGGUCGUGGAGGCGUCUCCGCAUUUCGGCGCCCGUGGUUCUCCACCAGCUACGGUUGCAGUGGAGGAUUCCGGUCGGGCGUAUCACGAUCUGUCGGACGGUCCGAGCGUCUCCGAGCGGCACGGCGCCGCCCGAUCCCCCUCCUCAAAUACAGGCCUGCCGACUCCAGCCGAGUCCCCACCUCCGCUCCAGCCCCCCAACCAUGCCUUCAAUCCGUACUAUCACUACUACCACCACCCUAAGAUCCCCCUGCGUGGCCCCCCUCGAGACCCUCAUCCCGGUCCCAGAGAAGUGUCCUUAGCUAAUCCCAAUAACCCGGAGGCUCUGGCGUUGCCCCGCGGCCUGCAGCACUUCCUUCAGCCGGUUCCUCCGGCGGCUUCUCAUCCCGAAGCCUCCGCGCUGCACACGCCUCAUCCUCCAGAGCCACACCACUAUUACCAUCCCCAUAUCGCACGGGGCCCGGCCGUACGAGCGGCUCCUCUCAACCCUGAACCCAAUCUGCCUGAUCAUCAAAUCUCAAAGUCCGGCGCCUUCGUUGACCCGCCUCCUUGUCAAUCACAGGGUCGCCACGGAUACGACUUAAAUACCGACGCUGUAAAAGCCGAGCUGGAUGCUCCUGUGGGCCCAGCAGUCCCACCUCCCCUCCCCCCCACUCCCCCUCCUGGACCACCUCCAGAACAACCCUCCGCCCCCACUCCAUCCCCCCACCAUCAUCUUCCUCCUUACCCGUACUACAACCCGCAUUACCUUGACUACCGGGUGUACUCCAGACCGGAGGGUUCGCUCGGCGCUGACCAUCUCGCCUCUCGGACUUCUGUGGAGCAGCCGCCCCGAGCGUCUUCGUCCCCAACGCUGCGCUCGCCCUCUACCGAUCAUCAGCGCACGACUCCACCCACACAACCAGCGCAUGCUGUCCCCACUGACCCCCGACAUCCCCACUACUAUUAUUAUUCCCACUACAACGCUCCGCUUCAUCCAUAUGAUGCCGUUGGGCGUCCUGGUGGGGAGAAAGCAGAAGAGAGGCUGGAAAAUGAAAUGAAAGAUCCACCCGGGGCCGCCUCGCCCCCCCCCUCGGGCCUCGGCCGCGCGUCGUAUUUCUACUGCAGCGUCUCUCUGGGCUGCUGCUCGUACCCCGUGACGGACUGUACGAUGGGACAACAUUUAAUCUUUGCGGUGCCGGACUCGGUGGUGCAGCCCACCGUGGCCCCCCCUGCUCACCCCUCCGAGGGCAGCAACGUGUCCUGCGCCCUGCAGAAGCUGACCUCUGACCUCUACGCCGUGCCGCUGGACGGCUGUGGAGUAAACACACAAGCGUCGGGUCAGACGGUGGUUCACCGGCUGGAAGUCCUCGCUCUGCAACGAGACCACAGCGCUGAGCUGGAGAGGUCUCCCAUCAGGCUGCUGCUGGAGUGUAGCUCCAUCCCGGGGUUCCAAAGUGAAGUGAAGCUGCGCGUGAUGGAUCAACCUCCUCCUGUUCCCUCCGCUCCACCCUCGGGCUCUGUGUUCCUCAGCAUUGCCACAGACGAGACGUUCUCCAGCUUCCACCCCGAGGCUCACCUGCCGCUCAGCCGCGUGCGAGGCCGCUCCGUGUAUGUGCAGCUGAGCCUCCCGGACCCCCCCCAGCCCGGCCUGGUGCUGCUGGUCCACUCGUGCAUGGCUUUCACUCAAGCGCCGCAUCCCGGCUGGAUGCUGGUGUACGAUGGCUGUGCCAGUGGCGCUCAGCUGCUUCCUUCGCCGCGCUCCAACCCCCACCUCAUCCGGAGGAUCUCCUUCUCUGGCUUCCGGUCUCUGGGCUCCGAAAGUCCCUCGUACGCGGCUGGAGGAGGAGCCUCUCGCCUGGGGGACCCGGAGAUCUACUUCCUGUGCCUGACAGAAGUGUGCUCUGCUGCAGGCGGGGGCUGCACCCUGGGCUGCAUCGACGGUCCAAACGGUGGAGCGAGAGCAAUUAAAUAAACUAUUUUACACAACUGCA